AUGGCGAAGGUGAACCAGGUUUGGAAAGAAUUAAAUGCCAAAAUGACAGUCAAAAGAACAAGAAAUCCUAGCGGAUACAAUAAACGCCAAAAAGGAACGGCCAGUGAACAGGUAGUUCAAAAACUAACUGCCGAACCUGACAACAAACAAACUUUCCGUCCGGUUCAACCAUGUGAGUUCGUCGAGUUUGAAUACGACGAGUUGAUUUUGAACAAUUUGAAGCAAGCACUUUGGUCUUUGGGUAAAGACCUGUGACAUGCUGGUCUCGAACAAGGGUCCAUCAUGCAGAAACAUUAACCAGAUUCCUCAUCAAAUAUUCAAUUAAUUUCAAUACAAUGGACCUCUUGUUCUGUUUACCUAAAUGAUAUUAGGUUAUGUACAGCAAUACUCUGGUAAACAUUUUCAGCCUGUGGAAUUAUAAGAUCUAAAUCAGGGGUUAGAUCAGCUCAAAGUUGGGGGUAGGGUUUAGGUUAUUUCCAGCCAAAAUAUGUACUAUAUGAGCCCGUUGUUUUUACCAGCUAGACAACAAUACAAACAAAACUGCAGUUAUAACAUUUUUAAUUUCAGAUUUGAAAAACAGUUGCAUUCAACACAGUUACUUCCCUUUUCCCAAAUGUAAGGCCUGGCAAUGUUGUAACAUUAUGUUCUAAUUGACCAGGUACACUACAGGUUGAUAUAAAUUUAUAACUUUAAUUAAUCAUGUACAUUUGUUUAGGUAUACCUUGUUCGUUUUGUGGUGGAUCUUGAACAAGAAGAUGAAACAGUAAAUCUCUGAAGUAGUGAAAGCGAUGAACUUCCUCGUCAAAGAUGAAAGCGUGCUAAAAGUGCAGAAUGCAUUCCAUCACCCAAAAAAGUGGAAACACAAAGUCAAAGGUAUCCAGCAUCUGUUUCCAUUGAUCAACUUAUGAAGGCAGGCAAAUUCAUCAAGCCAGUCCCCAAGACAAAGACAGUGCUGAAUUUAGAGGCUUUUGAUGAUGUACAGAAGGAGUGGGUAGCUUAAAAACUGGUUACUGUUUUCAUUGAUCAGGAGAAAUUUGCUUCAGGUGCAUUUCGAGAUGCCUUUAAAGGGAUGCCAGAAGGUGGUGCCAGUCAAAAGAAAUGGGUUAUCAAAAAAUAUAACGAGAAAGCCAGGAACCACAAUUGUAACAACACUUUCUUCAACAGUUGA